UGAGCUAAGUCUGGGCUGGAAUUUCUACUACACAGACCUAACCAGAGGAAAUUUCCUAGAGAGCAUUUAAAUACCCGGUGUGUAAUGAAUUUCCACACUUUUCCAUUUACUUUAAUGUUUGCAACCAGCGUUUUCUGGAAGAUUUGUCUGUGCAAUCUUUUAAUGGUAGUCUAGAGAGUAUAUAUAGAGAUUGUGAUUGAUUCCUUGAGGAAUCCAGAGAGCUCUGAAUUGGUUUGAGGUGUGAAAGGUGUUGUAUGGAUAGUUUCGCAAUGGUCAGGCACAAUUGUCCUGCGGAUAUGGAGUUCAACUGUUUAGAGUUCUUUUCAAGCCACGAAAUGCAGACGUCGUUGUCGGAGAAUCUGUUCGUCGAUGCUUUAAUGGAGGACGAUUAUUUGCCCGCUUUGCUUGGUCUUUCGCCUAAUUUGCUUCAUCAGACGAGUCGCCCUAGCGGUUCGGAGGUUUUCCCCCUAACGGAACAUUCGAACGGGAAUUUAGCAGGGGAUUUGCAGCAGGGAAUUGUGGCAUGGCAUAAUGCGCCGCAGUCUGCGGUGACGAGCCAGUGUAAUUUGACAGGAAUCGAACCUGCGACCUGCGCUUUGCCUGCGAUUCCUUCUGACCUGGCGUUCGUAGAAAGGGCGGCGAAAUAUUCGUCCUUUGUGGAGGAAUGUAGUCCAAAAGCCGAGGAAUCCGCUGGAAUUGUUACGAAUGGCAAUGGCAGAGAAAAUGCUUCCGCAUCUGGCGUGUCCGGAAAUGAAGUCAAGUACGGCUGUCGCAAGAAGCGUAAAAAUGUUGUCGAGGCUGUGAGUUGCGAUGCGCUGAAAGGAAAGCGCUGCAAAAGCGCAGAGAGUGAGAAGGACGCCUUUGAAGAUUCCAAGCGCAAAGCGGAUCAAAGUAAUAAUAGUUACUGUACGGGAAAAGUAGAGGACGCAAGGAAUGUGAAGGCUCCAGCGUUGCCUGACAAAAAGGAUUACAUUCACGUUAGGGCACGGCGUGGCCAAGCCACUGAUAGCCACAGCUUAGCCGAAAGAGCGCGGAGGGAAAAAAUUAGCAAAAGAAUGAAGGUUUUGCAGGAUCUGGUUCCAGGAUGCAGUAAGAGCACGAGUAAAGCAUUGAUGCUGGACGAGAUCAUCAAUCACGUUCAGUCUCUGCAGCGUCAAGUUGAGUUCCUUUCGAUGAAGCUCGCAACUUGCAGUCCUAUAGUCGACAUCGACAUGUACCGUUUCUCGCGCUAACCGUAUCAUGAUUAGCUGUUUCAACGUUAAAUUCUCCGGAAGGCUUUCCCACAGACAACUUCAAUUCUUGACAUGAUAUGUGUUUUUCAACGGCCAAGCCUGUACCAGAAAACACAGCCGAUAUUUUGAACAGUUACAUAGGCAUUUUAGAGUUCGUAUGCAGAGAAAUAUUGCAUACUCAUACUGUUUAUCGCAAUUAAUGCUGUUGUAUGAAUUUAUCUAUCACGGCUACAUUAUUAGCCGUGAAUUUCCUAGUCGGAAUUUCAUCUCACAUUUGAGUUCAGGUUCUCUGUAAGUAUGUAUAACAUUAUUUUCAGCUAUUUUUAAGCUUA